GUGAAAGGAAUAAGAACUAUUUAAUAACAGCUCCUAGCAGAUAUUUCUGAUUUUUCGAGCAGGUAGAGCAAGUACAAAUGAACAGCCAGAGUUUGACCGUGCGUUUGGUAUUUAUUCUGAUCUGAGUUCUCCGAGCUUGAAUUUACCGUUCGUUGAUUUAAAAAGUGUACUCGGUGCAGGCUUAUUCGCGUUCGUUUUUUAAAAUUUCUGGCACUCUGAUACAGCGUUUGACUGCUCUGUUCGCUCGCUGGUCACGUGAUUACGGCUUCGCUCAGCACUCAGCACGCUCUGCUCUUUGAGCAAAAUACCGAACGCAAGGUGAAAAAUAUCGUAUCGGGAUCUUAAUGAUAGCGUUUUCUUUUUGUAUUAUUCAGUACAAGUAGUUCAAAAGAUAGUCUAAUAACGUUUUCUUUUGGUAGAACUAGUCCAAAAAUGUAUUCCCAACAUGGUUGUCUGGUAAUGAGUAACUUGUAACUUGAUGACACAUCGGGUGCCUUAUGGAGAUUUGCUUGCAUUAUAUUGCGGCACCCCGGAUGACGCCAUAAAGUUACCCCACCUUCCCAACCCAUCUCAACACUCAGUGGGCAUAAUGUACCAGUCGAAAGCGCUAUACUUUUGUGUUCGGUUCUGUUCGAGUGCUUUGCGGGUUUUUGAUUAUUUUUUUUAACUCCAAAACCGUUGGUUUUUAAACGGCCGCUAAUUCUGGGAGUAUUUUUCUUUUUCCAUCAACUGAAUUUUGAUAGGAAUCCCUUAUGGGACGCCUCUGGUCUUAUGGUAGUUUGGGGUCCUCCAAGGUCCAUGGUCAAUAAAAUAAAAUCUGCCUUUGCUCUGCUUUCCUUUCCUUUAUUACUUGAGAUUUCGCAUCAUUUUAACCUUGUAAUUUCUAGAUAAGCAUAAAAUAAAAGCAUUUUGUAUUUAAUUUUAAUUUAAAAUGGGUAUCAAAAUCAAAUUGAAUUUAAUUGUAGCCGCCAGUGAGAAUAUGGGCAUUGGUAAAAAUGGUGAUUUGCCUUGGAGAUUAAGCCGAUCAGAUUUAAAAUUGGACCAAUAUCAAGACACUUUCUCAUUUAAAACUAUGAAACAAGUAGUAGAGAAGCUUGAAAAUAAAGAAUUUCAACGUUUGUUUGAAGGUGUUUGGGUUAUAGGAGGAGCAAGCUUAUAUGAAGAUGCAAUGAGUUCACCCUAUUUUAGCAGGCUUUAUUUAACCAAAAUUCAUAAGCAAGUCGAUUGUGAUACCUUUUUGCCAGCUUUGCCAGAGAAUUUGAAAAAAGUUAGUGACCCAGAAGUUCCAGAAGAAAUACAGGAAGAAAACGGGAUUCAGUAUAGUUACCACAUUUAUGAAAAAUAAGAAAAAAUAGAAUCCAAUACGAAUUACACUUUUAUGUGUGAAUAGCCAUUUUCUCAAAGUCUUGUGAACUGUAAUUUUUCUACAAAUGCAAUGAAAUUAUGAAGAUAAAGCCUUUCGACAUCAUUCCCAAUAAGUAUGUUUUUUUUUGUUAAUUGUAUACCCACUAUCCAUUUAUUUAUUUCCCCCCAAGCCCUUUGAUACUUUUUUCCCUUAUACUACUAGGCAAAUCAUUAUAUACCUUCGGGCCAACACAGUAUAUGGUUCUGACAGGCUGUAUGUUUUGGAUUUUGCAGCUAAACUUUCCCUUGUGCACUACUCCUAGUAUUUAGACCCUGCUUUAUGUUCUCUUUGUAAUAGGAAUUCUUACACAUGAACCUUACCACAGUUUUAAUAUACAUUUGGUCUAUGGUUAGUAAGCCACUUUCUUUAUAACACUUGGUAUCUCUUUAACAUGUUCUUUCCAAUUCAGAUUUUCAUCCAAUAUGAUCCCCAGUAGGUAACACUUACAUUGCAUGACCAAUUAGCAUUGUGGAUCAUGAACGCUAAGGUGUUGCAUUUCAGGCAGGGUACACUUGGAAAGUGAGAAGUUAAAAAAGUUGGUUUUGUCAGUAUUCAGAGAGAGUAAACUCAAGUCUAACCAUAUUUUAACUUUUUGUAGUACUCUAUCAGCCUUCUGUCUCACUAAAUCCCAAUCCCCCUGCUUAUUAUAAUUGCAGUGUCGUCUGCAAGCAAUAAAUGUCACCUUGUUGAAGCUGUUCCAUUAUUUCAUUGACAUAUACAUUGAAUAGCAAAGUUGAGAAGACUGUACCCUGCGGCAUCCCAUGCUCCACUAGUCCUCGCCUCAUUUUUUUGUCCUGAUACAUUUGUAGCUAACUUUCUUUUUGUCAGAUAUGAUUUAAUCAGUUUAUUUGGCAUUCCUCUGAUUCCAAUGUCAUCCAGGCGCCUUAGUAGAACAUGGUGAGCCACAGUGUCGAAAACCUUUCUCAAGUCCAAAAAAAUUCCCAUCACUUUUUUCCCCUGGUGAAGGCCCCUGAAUAUUUUUUCAGUCACCCUUAUAUUCUGUCUUAGAGUUUUCCCUUAAUGCAUAUUGAUUUUUGUUUAAUAGCAUAUUAGUUUACUUCCAAGAUACUUUUCUACAAUUUCGCUAAUAGUACUCACCAGUGCUAUUGGUCUUCUGGGAAAACUCACUUCACUGAAAAUUAUAUUAAUAACAUGCCUCAGAGGGACAACUAACUUUUCCUUAAACCUUAUAAUUAUAUCUGCAGAAAAACCAUCUUCUCCUGCCCUUUACCUCAUUUUUCAAACUUCCUAUCUCCCUAAAAACAUCAUGCUCUGUAACCUGGCCUAAAUAUGUAAUUGACUUUACUACAGUCACUUCAGAGAUCAUGGAUUUCAGUCUAUCUACGAGCAGAUUAGUACUUUACAUUUAUCUCUUGCAGAACACCACCCCAUCUCUCUCCUUCUAUUUUUUCAGAUAACUUAUUAUACCUAAUCAAUUUUAUUGUAUGAACUCAAGUUACUUGCACUAGCUAUUGGUUCUUCCAACAUAAAGUAAGAUAGGGUUAUUAUCCGUAAAGUCUUUUUUAAAAUUACAUAGGUGUAACACCACUGAAGAGAUAGUUCUUGCACCUGAUUAAGAAGUGACCCAGGCAGGAUCCUCCAUUUUCUCUUUUUCUUGUCAUUUUGUUCAUUGCACCAACAAAUCUGUGAAUUUACAUUAAGCUUAAAUAGUUAUUUGUCGCUUCUGAGUUAAAUUUUAGCAAGUCAAUGUUUAUGUCUCCAGCAAAUAAAUAUACUCUGUUUUGAUCCUUGGUUGCACCCUGUAGAAUCCUUCUUAAGUUCUCAAUAAAUUCCUCAUUUCUGGUUGGAAAGCUUCCAUAAGUAGCUAAUACAUCCAUGACUUUUUUAUUUUUUUUUGUAUGGUGACACUAAUAAUGAUCUUUAGGUUUUUUCUUGCAAUAUAUUAUCUUCCAUGUGGUAUUUCUGCUUAGCAUAAAUUCAACAGCCAUCGCACCUAUUAAGCUUAUUUUCAUUAAAAAAACAUAUAUCCAGGUGUGUUAAAGUCGCUACUGUAGUGUAUAUAAUGCGUUCCCUCCAUCAAAAGAUUUCCCCAUUGACUCCAAGAAAACCAAAAACUGCUCAAAAUUCUGAUAAAACCUGCGUAUAUUUAACAUGCAUUAUGUUAACAUACCUAUAACUAUCAUCAAAGCAGUCUAUUUAACUAAAAUUAUCACAAAUAUAAUAUGCUUCUGUGGAUUUAUAAUCAUCCAGAGUAUCGUUUGAUUUGAAAAUUGGUUUACUUUAUCAUACUUAUUCUUUGGUAUCCUUAUUUGAUCACAUGAGGAACAUGAGGUGUGCCUCGGACUUGAUUUUUAUGACAGUGUCAGUGUUGUUCUUCUUCAAAAAUAUUGUUCCAUUCACACAGUAAGCGUAAGCAGCUUUGUAGCUUUUUCGUUUUCGUACUUCUCUGGUUUUCAUGAACAGUUUUUCUAUGCUUUGUAGUAGGUCUUCAUAAAAUGAAGAUUUUCUGAUCCGCAUUUUCUUGUAGUCUAACCCAAUCUACAGAAGUUAAAUUAUUAAUAAAACAAUAAGUUGAUAUGCGUAUAGACUACCUAAAACCUAUAUUUUUUUAUUAACUAAUUGUAAAUAUAAUUAAUAAUAAUUAUCACACAAUAUGACUACAUAGACCUUUAAUUAAACGUAUCAUUUUAACAAAAUUAUACAGGGGGUUGUAAUCAAAACCGCCCCAAUUUUUUUUUAUAUGUGUAUAACAAUAACAACUAAGAAAGAAUAACAAAUAAUUAUUAAAAAAAUUAAUUUAUAAUUUAGAUUAACACACACAUUAAAACUGUAUUUUUACUACGGUACUAAAUUGCAGUUUGUCUAGUUUAAAUUCUAAAUUUAUUAUUAACAAAUUUCAAUAAUUUAUUAAAAAAAACAAUUUGGAAAUAAUUUUUGGUUCAAAAUAAUAUCUCAAAAUCAAGAUUGCCUAUUUUCAAUCCCUUUACACUCAAAAAUUGAGCAAGUCAUAAUAAAUGAAACAAAAAACUAGCAUAAAAUAAAUCUAAUUCUAAAUCGAAAAAACAGACUAAAAACCUUCGUCUAAAGGUUACAAAACCCUCGUCAAAGUCUCCUGAGACGAUUGCGGCAAUUGAUGUUUUCUAGUGUUUAUGCAAAUUUGUCUAUCGCCAAUGUGAGUGGCCUGAUUGGACCAAUCGCCCAUUGGAAUUGUAGAUCUGUAGAAUUUCGAAGUUGUCUUAUUGAAAAUUGGUAGAAGUUCAUUAGCUUCGUUUGUCAAUGCCUAGAGAAAAACAACUAUUUCAAAGCAAGCCCUUACAAAAAAAAAAUAUAUUUACCUUCAUGUAAAUUACAGCAUCAGUACCAUAACCUUCACAAGACAACAGUACCAAAUCACCAUGAAAGUACCUUGCAUACAAUCGAGAAAUUGGUAGGCCGUACCCGUACCCAGCCAACGGUACCGUAUGAGCAUCGGAUUUACUUGGCUGAGGGGCAGUAGAGUACAUGUACUUAAAUAGGUGAUCUGUAGUUGAUCUAGCAAUCCCACCUCCCAAAUCGGACAUCUAAAAAACCAUAAUUUAAAUGACGAUUUCAAUAAAUAAAAUAUAAUGUAGAAAUUUACCCUCAAACAAAUAUCUUCUUUUCCUUUUGACACAGCAACUGUGAUUGGCGGAAACUCGUUGCUCAAAUUAUGAUAUUCCAUUACGGCUCGCAUGGAGUUUUUGAACAGUUCGAAUAGCAUGUGAUACAAAUGGGAGGGUACAUAGACUAUGUUUAUGUAUUGCUCUUUUUGUAAAU